AUGGAGUCCGUCCUUGUAAUCGGCGCCACUGGCCACAUUGGAGCUGCCGCUGUACAAGCCGCACAACAGUCCAACUGUAGAGUGAUUGCCCUUGUCAGGAAUGCCACUUCAGCAGAGAAACUUUUCCGACACCUUGGAACGCAAGAGGGUGUCGUUACUGUCGAAGCGGACGUCAUGUCCGAAACUGGUGUCCAAAGCGUUGUAGACAGGGUUGAGGCGGGAGAACUCCCUGCUUUUCAACACGUCUACUCCUGCGUCGGUGGACUUUUCGGUGCCGGCACGUUGCUCGAUCUCAGCAUGGACGAAGUGCGAGAGUACAUGAGAGUGAACUUCGAACCGAACAUGAUCGCCUACAAAGCCACAAUUCCCUAUCUUCUCAAGCAGAAAGACCCAAGGGCCAGCUGGACGAUGUGUACAGGUGCGUCGGGCGACCAGGGUCUUCGCCCUGGUCCUGGCAUGACGCAGGGGGCUCUGUUCUCCAUGGCAGUGGCAGCUGCGUACGAAACCGCAGGCACCAAUGUCCGCUUCAAUGAAGUAUACCUCGAUGGUCUCGUGCAGGUGGACGUCGAAGCAGAGAAGUCUGGGGUUCUGAAAAGCUCAGAGUUUGCGAAGAGCUAUAGGACCAUUCUCGCCAGGGACGAUAUCAGGGGCUGUCGGGUUUUUGUUCAGGGCAAGGAGGACCUGCAGACAAUUAGGUACAGGAGCAAGACGGGAUAG